UAUAAAGCACGUGACUGCUUGAGGCCGGUGGCUUUGUAGGAAACUAACUUGUGAAAUGGGCGUUAUGACCGUUUGUACGGUUUAGGAAUUGGUUGAGCGGGUCCAGAACGUGGUGUAGGGAAUGAAGUGAACUAGUUACAUACUGCAGCGUGUUGUCACUUUGUCAGUAUUUGGUGUCGUUUUUGCUGAGAAAUGGAGGACUACUCCGCUUCAGACUCGGAGCCCGAUGAGCACCACCAGCAUCCUCUCCUGCACAGCGGCGCCAGCAAUGACCGAGACAAAGUCGAGAAAGCACCCGCAUGUUGCUCUUCACGGUACAGCCUGGCCUUUCUCUCAUGCUUCGGCUUCAUCGUGGUGUACGCGCUGCGUGUCAACCUCAGCGUGGCCAUGGUGGACAUGCUGGACACCAAGACAGAUGACAACAGCAGCUCCUCUGUGUGCCCUGAACAUAAGGGGCACUCGGCGCUGAUACACAACCAUACGGGCAAGGUGUAUGACUGGGACUCAGAGACACAGGGCUGGAUCCUGGGCUCCUUCUUCUAUGGCUACAUUGUGACACAAAUACCUGGUGGGUACCUAGCCCGCAAGCACGGGGCAAAGUGGCUGCUGGGCCUGGGCAUCCUGGGUACCGUCAUCUUCACCAUGCUCACCCCGCUGGCGGCCAGCCUAGGUGCCGGGUACCUCAUCGCUGUGAGGGUGCUGGAGGGACUCGGAGAGGGGGUCACGUUUCCUGCAAUGCAUGCAAUGUGGGCAUCUUGGGCCCCACCGCUGGAAAGGAGCCGACUGCUCACCAUUUCUUAUACAGGAAGCAGUCUCGGCACAGUGUUGUCCCUUCCUUUAUCUGGUCUAAUUUGCUAUUAUCUGGACUGGACAUAUGUGUUUUAUAUAUUUGGUGCUGUUGGACUACUGUGGUUCUUCCUGUGGACAUUCUUUGUGAGCAACACCCCAGACUCGCACAAGACGAUCUCGGAAAAGGAGAGGCGCUACAUUAACUCCUCCCUGAAGAGUGAGGUCUCUACCUUUGCGAAGGACAUUCCCUGGUGCUCCAUGUUCACCUCCUUGCCUGUGUGGGCCAUUGUUGUUGCACAUUUCUCCUACAACUGGACCUUCUACACCCUGCUGACACUGUUGCCCACUUACAUGAGGACCAUCCUGGGCUUCAGCAUCCAACAGAAUGGGAUGCUGUCAGCGCUGCCGUACCUGGGCAGCUGGUUCCUGGCUCUGCUGGGAGGACAGCUGGCGGACUGCCUGCGGGAGAGGGGGCUAUUCUCCACUGUGGUUGUGCGCAAGACCUUCAGCGUGAUAGGGAUGGUUGGACCUGCUGUGUUCCUGGUAUCAGCAGGCUACACAGGAUGCAAUUAUGUCAUGGCGGUGGCUUUCCUAACGGUGUCCUCUGCUCUGGGAGGCUUCUGCAGCUCUGGCUUCAGCAUCAACCACCUUGACAUUGCUCCUUCGUAUGCAGGGAUUUUACUGGGAAUUUCAAACACCUUUGCGACCAUACCGGGUAUGGUGGGUCCAGUCAUAGCCAGGGCACUGACGUCAUCUAAUACGAUUGAAGAGUGGCAGACCGUGUUCUACAUCUCUGCAGCAAUCAACAUAUUGGGGGCCAUCUUUUUCACCAUAUUCGGGAAAGGUGCCGUCCAGCCGUGGGCAGUUCCUGGCUACGAGUCUCACAUACAGUGAGACUAGUCAUCAUGCUAGAAUCGGAGACCGAAAGUGCUGUGAACUCAUUUUUCUUCAGGUUGGCCAAAGUGACUAUAUAGUUUUACCACUGUAUAUUAACAUUCUUUCACCUUUGAACUUGUUAAAGCUGUUUGCCUAUUAUGAAUACAUUUUUCUUUCUUUUCCAUCACUAUCUGGGUUUGCUCUUUAUGCUCUCUUCAGGGGGUGAGGCAAGGAGCUUUUAAGAUGCCUUUAUCAGCUUGGGGGGGGAUUUUUUGUUUAAUUUAAUCAAAACUGACAUAGUAAAAUAUACCAUGUUGCAUUAUUUGUAAUGCCUCUACUAUGAAUAAUUGCAGUUAUAAAUCCUUAUUACUUCAGCCAUGUGUAGCCCUACUGAUGCAUGUUUACUGUGGAUAUUACCAGGUACAGCUGUUUGAGCUGUCUCUACAUUUGGUUUUUGCCACAGGCAGCAAGCUGAAUGUAGUCUUUGGUGAAAAAAAUUUUACGUAUAAAAAGGGAAAAAUUGUGUGUCAAUGACUUUUGAUACUCCAAUGCAUAUAGAAUGUUGUAAGUAAAUAAAACUUAAGAUGAUCA